AUGAUUGAAUUUGCAGCUGCUUUUUUGCAGCCAGAUGGUGCAAGAAGUAAGAUGUUCAACAAUAAUUCUGAAGGAAAAGACAUUCGAGCAAAGCAAGAAGGCAGCAGCAAUGAGCAUGUAUUUCCUAAACAUACAACAACUUCAAGACAAUGGGCAGGUUUUAAGAACCCAAGAAUCGUAAGGGUGUCUAAGGAUUUUGGAGGGAAAGAUAGGCAUAGCAAGGUAUGCACUGUAAAAGGAUUAAGGGAUCGAAGAAUUAGACUUUCUGUUCCUACAGCUAUUCAAUUGUAUGAUCUUCAAGAUAGGCUAGGGUUAAACCAACCUAGCAAGGUUAUAGAUUGGUUGCUAGAUUCAACUAAAGAUGAUAUCGAUAAGCUUCCACCCCUUCAAAUGAUACCUGGAGAUCUCAAUCAAUUGUAUCAACCACCGACGACGACCUUCAUUCCUCAAGAUUUGAAUUCACCUCAAUUUUCUUUCUCUCAGUUCCUAACUAAUCCAAAUGCAACCUUCGUGAAAGAUGUGGGAAACCGAACCUUACUGUAUACCAAACAAGAAAGGAAGUUUGAAAACGAUCAUGACAUCAAUGGAGACCAUCGGAGAAUGAAAGGGAAGGAAGCACUAGUUGAAAACAAGUGGAACGAGCAAGGAAAUGGAGAUGGAAAUGGAGGUUUGAACUUUUUUCCAAUACCUCAAUACUCUUACCCUGGAUUGUUUCCAUACAACCCUUCAUAUAAUUGGGAAGCUAAUUCAAAUGUAGCAAUAUCUCAGUUUGGGAACCAAGGGCUAAUUUCUUCUCAUACUGAUCCUUCAAUGGCUAUUCCAUCUGCAUCACAGUUUUUCUUGUGUCCUCCUGCUGCCAUUACACCCCCAGCUUUCCCUCCUUAUCUGAUGCCCACUUUAGGAGAGAAUUAUGAUCUUGCUAGACAAAAUAAUAACUUCCAUUUGCUUAGCUCAAGUUCCCCAAAUGUAUCACCAAAUUUUCUUUUGCCACUACUUAAUGCUAAUGAUUCUCAAGAGAGAGUGCCCUUCAGCUUGGAUGCACAUCCGAAGAUGAUGACUUGGCUAGCUUAA